GUGAGAAAGUCGGGCGGGUGGGUUCGACGACUGGGAGGCGCUGGACUUGCGGUGUUCUUCGGGAAACUGUGUUCAGAAUUGGUCUAUGUGUCUGUUUUUUUGAUCGGUGAGCCCAAAAUAUCGUAAAUUCCUGUGAGAUCGUCAGGCAGAUUCGCCCACCCGCAACACUCGGCAGCAUGUCCCGCGACCAUGCGAAUACAGACCCAUCUAACGGGACGAAGAUGAAACUGUACUGGGAUCCCGUCCCGCCGCCAUGCCAGGCGGUGCUGCUGACGGCAAGCUACCUGAACAUGGAGACUGAGCUUCAGCUGGUGCGGGUCGACGUCAUGAAAAACGAGCAAAUGACGGGGAGCUUCCUGGGUGUGAACCCGCUGCACCAGUUGCCGGUGCUGGUGGAGCCGGAUGGCUUCAUCUUGACCGAGAGCCGGGCCAUCAUGACGUACCUCGCCGAGCGAGCUGGGCCGCGCGGCCUCGCGCUCUACCCGCCGGAGCCGCGCGCGCGCGCCUCCUGCCACCGCUGGCUGCUGUUCGACCUGACCUGUCUCUGGCAGCGGCUCAAGGGCUACCACCUGCCGGUGGUGGAGCGCCGCGCCGGUCGUCCGGCGGCCGCCGCCCUGCCUGCUAUCCACGAGGCGCUGGCCGACCUGGGGCUGGCGACGAGCGUGGCGCAGGCCCGCGCGCUGCUCGUCGACCUGCGGCCUUACGCGGCCGUGCGCGCCUGGUACGCAGCCGUGCAGGCUCGAGCGCCGGCGCUGGCCCAAGCGGAGCACGGCAGUGAGCAGUACGCCGCCAUCCUGCGCCAGCUGACGACCGACUGGGAGCUUACGCAGGCCCGCGAGGGAUCGGGCGAGGAGGAAGCGCGGGGACGAGCUGUGAGUCCGGCGGAGUGA